UUUGGCGGGCUCAUCAUCGACAAAAGAGUGCAACACUCGAUCGGGAUCCGGGCGUUCUUUUCUUAUACAAGACGGCGGCGACCGACCGAUCCGGAUAUGGUCCUCUGCAUCCAGCCGGUCUUUUGAAAACAGAUCUGGACGGCGACCGACCCAUCAAACCGAUAUAUGCAUACAUAUAUAUAUUGUGACGAUAUAUAUUUAAUAUUACAACACUCCGACGAAACAGUUUGUCACAGCCCCUAGGUAGUUCGUUCUCCUCCUCUUGUCCCUCUCUCUGCUGCCUCCGGUUUAUCGGCCAGAGUUCUGUUUGACGUUAUACAUCUUUUUUAUCCAUUUAUAGAGCUCUGUUUGACGAUAUAUAUCUUUUUUAUCCAUUUAUAUAUUCCGUCGUCCGUAAUGGGUGCGGUUACCUCGGUUAUUGCUGCUAGGUUGGGUGCCGCGACGUCAGGGAUAGCGGCUAAGUUCGCGUUUUUUCCGCCGGAUCCGCCAUCUUACAAGCUGGUGAAGGAUGAAGUGACAGGCAAGAUUUGCAUGUCGGGGGUAGAGAUGAGGAAGAACGAGGAGGUGAUGUGGCUGAGCACGAGACGGAAGCAAGAUAUAUCGGCGAUGUACGUGACGUAUCCGAAUGCAAAGCUGACGAUUAUAUACUCGCAUGGGAAUGCGGCAGAUCUGGGCCAGAUGCAUGAGCUCUACGUGGAACUGAGCAAUUUGCUGAAAGUGAACGUAUUCGGGUAUGACUAUACUGGAUACGGAGCAUGCACAGGAAAGCCCAGCGAACAAAACACGUACGCGGAUAUCGAUGCUGCACUGGAAUGCUUGAAGGAGAAGUACGGCGUUAGAGAGGAGGAUAUUGUGCUCUAUGGGCAGUCGGUGGGAAGUGGCCCUACUGUGGAUCUUGCAUCCAGAGUAGACAAUUUCCGGGGUGUGGUGCUUCACAGUCCGAUUCUGUCGGGUGUCAGAGUCAUCUACAACGUAAAACGGUCCUACUGGUUUGACAUAUACAAGAAUUGCGACAAGAUUGAGAGUAUCAAAUGCCCUAUUUUGGUUAUGCAUGGCACGAACGAUGAGGUGGUGGACUGCUCGCACGGGAAGCGGCUGCACGAGCUUUGCAAGAAUCCUUUUGAGCCUCUUUGGAUAGAAGGUGGAAAACACUGUGAUUUGGAGUUCUUCCCUCAGCACGCGUCGAAUGUGGUGGGAAUCGUGGUGACGCUCUGUUUGCAUUUGAGAGUUUUCUGCUAUAGCAGGGUUGGAGGGAACCGGGAAGGCUCGUAUGUUGUGGGCAGUAUGUCGUUGGCGUCUUUUGCCGUUCUUCCGGGAGUUGCCCGCGCGUCCAUGUCUUCUGCAUCUAUUGCUACUUGCGCUGAUGCUGGGUGUUGGUUCCUUUACACGGAUGUCCGUGCUAUCGGAACGGGACUGCAGCAGAAUCCAAGUUCGUCUCCCGGAGUUGCUGGAGCUGCUGAUCAGUUGUUUCAUCAUCAGGUAAGGACGGGGAUUCAGGACGAGGACUCAGGACUGGGACUCGGGACUGGGACUGGGACGGGGAUUGGAACUCAGGGCUGGAACUUGGGACUCAGCUGCAUUUACAAGCAAAGAAAGGACUGGGACUGGAACUUGGCACUGGGACUGGGACUUGGACUGGGACUGGCAUCGGGGAACGUUGUACAAGUGAGAGUAACUCUUUACCUAAAAGCAUCGGUGAAUAUUGUACAUGCGGCUGAGGCCAUACACAAUUAAUUUGUCUUUCCGUCUAAUGGAAUGCUGCACCCCAUCCCUGGUGGGUGAUGGGGACUCGGGACGGGGACUCGGAACUGGGACUGGGACUGGGAUUGGAACUCAGGACUGGGACUUGGGACUCAGCUGCAUUUACAAGCGAAGGAUUGGGGCACGCGAGGCAGAUCCUUGAAUGACAUGGGCUAGUACGCAAUGCGCAAGUGUAAGGGAACCUAAAUAAGGUGCUUAAUUUGUGCUGUAUGACGUUGGCAGUCUGGGGAAUAUGUGGCUAUAGAUAUGGAUGUAUCUAUCUAUACGACUCACAGUCUGUAGGGUCUUCCGUCUGGUGCAUGUGGGUGGGUGGGUGGGUGGGUGAUACUCUUUUCUUGGAUUUUUUGUCGUAUGUACCCUGCAGGGCAGUUGCUGGUGCCCAUCUUAGGGUAUUAGUUGUGGGCCAGUGGUUGGUGCCAAACCGCAACUAGGUUUGAAGCACCGGUUCGCGUGAAGCUAAGUGGGGCUCUUACUGGUUUUUACCUGUGUUAGCCCACGAAGCUUCGGGCCUGGGACAGUAGAGAACAUGGAACGACAAUAUGGGGAAAAAAAGAGACCAGGUUUUUUCAAGCCUCGGAAGGUAGAGUCGUCAAUUUAGGCUCUUGGCAACUGGUGGGUUAAGGUGGGUUAUCGCUUAACAGUAUCAACGGCUAGGGUACUCUGCAGACUGUACGGGUUCAGCCUUUCAACGAGUUGGUGAAACUCUCAAUGAAACAGUCUGUCAUGGCCGUCGGUUUCUCGUCCUUCUCUCCCUUUCUGCCAGCAGCGCACACACAAGUUCUAUAUGACUAUAUAUAUAUACACAAUAUAGUCAUAUAUACGGCAAGUAUACUCAUAUAAUGCGAGAAAUCGGAAGCACGUUGUGUGCUCUCCAUUGAGGGGACAGGAUGGAGACGCAAACACAGGUGCGAACAGUCAGGAACGGGAGUGAUUGAGUCGCCCCAACAGUGAUGGAAUUCUGUUUAUUUUUAUCGCUGUUGGACAUGGACAAGGUGGGAUCUGGUGUGCACAUCAGCACCCUCAUCUGAUUUCUGGGCUGAGUAUCUGUAUUAUUAUCUAGAAAGAUUCAAUGCGUUUUGUGUAUGCGCUGUUACGAGGGACCGUGGUAAUUAAGCAAACCCGA